GAAAGCCGCCAUGUCCAGAGCACGCGACGGCGCUGACAGCCAUCAGCCACCGCGGACGACGGCGAGCGAUGGAGUUCGUUCCUGAGAAGGGCAAGACCGUACACGAAGACUGCACCGCCCUCGUCCUGGUCAGCUUCGCGCUUCGUCCUUCAAACUCUCAACCCGCGCUGUCGAUUGGGAAUGUCGGGCAGCUCGCGGUGGACUUGUUGGUUUCGACGUUGCGAGCGGAGAGGAUCGGGUUCUUGGACGAUCCCAAUGUCCUUCCUUGCAUCGGCAACGACGCGUACGGCCCCGUUCCGUCCGGGGAGCUUGCGCUCCCGCUCGAAGCUUAUGAUUCAACUUCCAAUGCUGUGACUCUUGUCCAACAAAGGUCUCCAGUUGUUAAGGGGAUGAUGAUUGAGUUUGCAAAGAAUUUGGCUGAUUUUGCUGUUUCAAGUGGAAAGAAGCACACUGUGAUUUUAUCUAGCUUAGAUUUUGGGAGAUGGCAAAGAAUUGAUACAUCGAGUGGCUUGCAGACGUAUUACCUUUCCAGCAGUAGUUCAGAUGGAUCAGAUGAUCAAUGUGAACAAUUUGGUUGGACAAGAUUGCCAGAAUUUAACUCUGACCAGAGGAGUUGGAAAUAUCUUAGCACUUUACCUGAAGGAAGUAAUGCAGCACAAGAAGGUUUGCCUGCUGAAGAUGAUCUUAAAGAAGAUGACUACUACCCAAGUUUGCCUUUUGCUGCUCUUUUUUCGUUCUUCAAGGCCAAAGGUUUAAAGGUCACUUGUUUGCUGUGUUACUGCUCGGAAGGAGACAACAUGUCCGAUGCUUUUCAUCUUGCUGAAGCAGCACUCAAACUUUUGGGCGUGAGGACAAAUUUAAGUGGUCAUGGAGGAGACUGGAUCAUCCCAUAUUCUUGGAAGACCGUAUACGGACCUCCCCCCGAUAUAUCCAUCUUUUAGGUCCGUAAUGACUUCUGUAAGAUCGAUGCUUACGUAUUCUGUUUCUGUAAUAUUGUUGAAGAUUCGUAUGGCGAGUUUCGUUUGGUC